AUAUUAAAUUAGAAAAUUCACAAAAAAUUACCUUUUCUCCGAAGAUAUCAAAUCUUGAUUAACAAGAGCUUCUAGGGUAUCCAAAGUUUUAAUCUCAAACAUUGUCAAACAAAAAUCAGAUAAAUUUUGUGCAGCUCUCAAUGGCCAAACCAGAAGAACAUUUAAAGUUUGUCUUAUUAGCUUUAUAUCUAAUGUUGAGCAAUGCUUCUGUUGAUGGAAGAUUGAUCACAUCCACCAAAAUUACAGAAUCAAUUCGACUAAUAGGAACUCUAAAAACAAUCAAGACUUUGGAUGGUAUUUUGAUUGAUUGCGUUGAUAUCUACAAACAACCGGCUUUGCAUCAUCCACUUCUCCAGAAUCAUAUUAUUCAGAUGAAACCAAGUUCAUAUCCAAGGGAAAUAAAACUGGAAACUUCUGUUAGCCAAAAGAACCAUCUGGAACAUUCUUAUUCUUGCAAUAUCUUUCAAACUUUUCUUAAUAAUGAAGAAUGCCCUGACGGAACUAUUCCUAUUGCCAGAACCACUAAAAUUUAUCUCCCGGGAGUACUACUUAAUGCUGCCACGGAUAAUCCAGGUCAACAUGAGUAUGCCCAAAUUUCUUUGGUUGAUGGUAAGUAUUUAGGAGCACAAGCAGAAAUCAAUGUAUGGAAUCCUGCAACAUAUGAUCAAGAGUUUAGCUUAGCUCAAAUUCGAGUUUUCUUAGGCCAACCAGAUGGAUCAAACUAUAUAGCUGCCGGAUGGAUGGCUCAGCCAGGGAAAAAUGGACCCGGAUUCUUCAUAUCCCACACUAGAGAUGGAAAAGGGUGCUUUGAUCUUCAAUGCUCUGGCUUUGUUCAUAUCAAUAAUAAGGUUUUCCUAGGCAAGAAUGUUCUACAACCUUCCUCCACCUAUAAUGGACGGCAGGAUCAGAUUAGUGUAGCGAUCUUCAAGGACAAGCAGAGUGGACACUGGUGGGUGCAGCUGCAAGGUGAACCAUUUGGAUAUUGGCCAAACUCUGUCUUCUCAGGUUUAGGGGAAAGUGCUACUGCAAUUACCUGGGGUGGAGAGAUUCUCAAUUCAGCAGCGCAGGGUCGUCACAGCUCCACACAGAUGGGGAGUGGACAUUUUCCAAAUGAAGGCUUUGGAAAAGCUGCCUUUUUCCGUAAUGUCAAGUACAUGGAUGGGAAUCUAGUUUUGAUAGAUGCAGAAAAUGUCGAACUCCAGGCAACAAAAUCUGCGUGCUAUGAUGUGCAUAUAGAAAACAAGAGCAAAGAUUUUGGAACUCAAUUCUAUUUUGGAGGCCCCGGCUACUCAGACCAAUGCCAGUAGAGAAAGCAAGAGAUUGAGAUUUUCAGUAAGCACCAGGGUAUGAUUAUUUGGGGUUCUGUUGUUUCUUAUUUUCCUAUCAUAUCCUACUCAGAAAUACAUAACAAAGUCAUAUUCAGACAAAUGACAUUCUUCGUAGAAAUUGAAUAAAAUAAUUGGUCUUUCUUCUAAUCAGGCAGCAUCUAGUUCUGAUGUAUAAAUUAUGUUCUACUAU